AUGCCCACCUGGCUCAUCACAGGCUCCUCCUCCGGCCUCGGCCUCGCCAUCACCCGCUACAUCCUCAGCCAAGGCCACAACGUGAUCGCCACAUCGCGCAACCCCGCAAAAACACCCUCUGCCGUGCGCGAAAUCACAGCGCAACCCCACGCCCGCUGGCUGACUCUGGACGUGACCUGGUCGAAACCGGCCAUUGACGCAUUCGUGCAGAGCGCGUGGACCGAGUUCGACGGGAUCGAUGUCCUGGUCAACAAUGCGGGAUACUCCCUCCUCGGCGCGGCGGAAGAUAUUCCCGAAGACGGCGCCAAGGCGCAAUUCGAGGUGAAUUUCUGGGGUGCCGUGAGGGCCACACAGGCUGUGUUGCCGCUGAUGCGUGAGCGUGCUGCCGCCGGUGGUGGUGGUGGUGGUCGAGGAGACAAGGCAAAAGCAACGAUCGUCAAUAUCUCAAGCAUCGCGGCCCUCGACCCCCUCCCCACCUGCGCCAUCUACUCGGCAGCCAAAUGCGCGCUGGAGGCGUGGUCGGACAGUCUCUCCAAAGAGGUUGCGGGGCUGGGGAUCCGCGUGCUGAUCGUCGAGCCGGGUGCGUUUCGGACGAAUUUCUUCAGUAAGGACGCGUUGCAGAUUGUGCGGCCGAGUGCGGCGUAUCAAGGGGACGAACAGCCCGUGGGUAAGACGUUGGGGGUGUUUGAGAGUGUGGAUCCGGACAAUUUUGGGGAUCCGAUGAUGGCGGCGCAGAGGAUCUUUGAGGUCGUCAUGGGAGUUGGGUUGGGUGAGAGGUUGAGCAACGGUGGUGAUGGUGGUGGUGAUGUUUUGAGGUUGCCGCUCGGGGCGGAUUGUUAUGAUAGAGCGGUUAGGAGCCAUGAGGCGAGAGGGAAGGAAUUGGAGGUUUCGAAGGAGGUCGCUUUGAGUACCAGUUGA